AGAGCAUUGUACGAAGACAUAGCUGAAAUGAAUACUUGAAUAGAGAGAAGCAGGGAUAUGGCGUCUUGAAAGGGAGAAGCUUGUCUUUUCUCAACCCUCGCCUUACUUACAUUCUUUGAUCAGAAACUCUUAAUCUGUUGAUCCUCGAAAGAAACGAAAAAAAAGACAUGGAAGCAAGUGCCGGAAUGGUGGCCGGGUCUCACCGGAGGAACGAAUUGGUUCGGAUUCGCCAUGAUUCUGAUAGCGGGCCUAAACCGCUAAAGAAUUUGAAUGAACAAACAUGUCAAAUCUGUGGAGAUAACGUAGGACUCACUGCUGCUGGUGAUAUCUUUGUUGCUUGUAAUGAGUGUGCUUUCCCAGUUUGCCGGCCUUGUUACGAGUAUGAACGAAAAGAUGGAACUCAGUGCUGCCCCCAGUGCAAGACUAGAUAUAAGAGGCAGAAAGGGAGUCCACGAGUGGAGGGAGAUGAUGAUGAAGAAGAUAUUGAUGAUCUGGAAAAUGAGUUUGAUUAUGCUCAAGGACACGGUAUAACAAGAAGACAAUGGCAGGGUGAAGAUGUGUAUCUUUCAUCAUCUUCUAGACUUGAAUCUCAACAACCAGUACCCCUUCUCACCAGUGGCCAUGUGGUUUCUGGAGAAAUUCCAUGUGCUACACCAGACAAUCAAUCUGUGCGAACAACAUCAGGUCCUUUGGGCCCUUCUGAAAAGAAUGUUAGUUCAUCGCCUUAUAUUGAUCCAAGGCAGCCAGUCCCGGUCAGAAUUGUGGACCCAACAAAGGACUUGAAUUCUUAUGGGCUUGGAAACGUGGACUGGAAGGAAAGGGUUGAAAGUUGGAAACUCAAACAGGAUAAAAAUGGGAUGCAAACAACUAAUAGAUACCCUGAAGGGAAGGGAGAUAUAGAAGUAACUGGUUCAAAUGGGGAGGAACUGCAAAUGGCUGAUGAUGCUCGUCUACCUUUGAGUCGUGUGGUGCCAAUUUCUUCAUCUCACUUGACCCCUUAUCGUGUUGUGAUCAUUCUUCGGCUUAUCAUUUUGGGCUUUUUCUUGCAAUAUCGUGCGACUCAUCCAGUAAAAGAUGCAUAUCCAUUGUGGCUAACAUCUGUUAUCUGUGAGAUUUGGUUCGCUUUGUCUUGGCUUCUGGAUCAGUUUCCAAAAUGGUAUCCCAUCAACCGCGAGACCUUCCUUGACAGACUAGCCUUGAGAUAUGACCGGGAAGGGGAACCAUCACAGCUAGCCCCUGUAGAUGUUUUUGUCAGUACAGUGGAUCCUCUCAAAGAGCCUCCGCUUAUCACAGCAAACACUGUCUUGUCAAUCCUUGCAGUGGAUUAUCCUGUGGACAAAGUAGCUUGCUACGUUUCAGAUGAUGGUUCUGCUAUGCUGACUUUUGAAGCCCUCUCUGAAACUGCAGAGUUUGCAAGGAAGUGGGUGCCCUUCUGCAAGAAGCACAUCAUUGAGCCAAGAGCUCCUGAGUUUUAUUUUGCUCAAAAGAUUGAUUACCUAAAGGACAAGAUACAGCCUUCUUUUGUGAAGGAGCGUCGUGGGAUGAAGAGAGAAUAUGAAGAAUUCAAGGUGCGGAUCAACGCCCUUGUUGCCAAAGCUCAGAAAAUGCCCGAAGAAGGUUGGACAAUGCAAGAUGGUACACCAUGGCCCGGAAAUAAUCCAAGAGAUCAUCCAGGAAUGAUCCAGGUAUUUUUAGGUCAUAGUGGGGGCCUUGAUACCGAUGGAAAUGAGCUACCUCGUCUUAUCUAUGUUUCUCGUGAGAAGCGACCUGGCUUCCAACACCACAAGAAAGCUGGAGCUAUGAAUGCUUUGAUUCGAGUUUCAGCUGUGCUUACCAAUGGGGCAUUUUUGUUGAAUGUUGAUUGUGAUCACUACUUCAAUAACAGUAAAGCUCUUAAAGAAGCAAUGUGUUUCUUGAUGGAUCCUGUCCUUGGAAAGAAGACAUGCUAUGUGCAGUUCCCUCAACGUUUUGAUGGCAUUGACUUGCACGAUCGAUAUGCCAAUAGGAAUAUUGUGUUCUUUGAUAUUAACUUGAAAGGUUUAGAUGGUAUCCAAGGCCCAGUCUAUGUCGGAACUGGUUGCUGUUUCAACAGGCAGGCUCUGUAUGGGUAUGAUCCAGUUUUGACUGAAGCUGAUUUGGAGCCAAAUAUCAUCAUUAAGAGUUGUUGUGGUUCAAGAAAGAAGGGAAAGAAUGAGAAUAAAAAGUACAUUGACAAGAAAAGGGCAGCCAAGAGAACUGAAUCCACCAUCCCUAUAUUUAAUAUGGAAGACAUUGAGGAGGGUGUUGAAGGAUAUGACGAGGAAAGGUCUCUUAUCAUGUCGCAGAAGAGUUUGGAGAAGCGGUUUGGUCAGUCCCCAGUAUUUAUUGCAGCUACCUUCAUGGAACUAGGAGGCAUUCCGCCAUCAACCAAUCUUGCAAGUCUUUUAAAAGAAGCAAUCCAUGUUAUAAGUUGUGGCUACGAGGACAAGACUGAAUGGGGCAAAGAGAUCGGAUGGAUUUAUGGUUCUGUUACUGAAGAUAUUUUGACUGGGUUUAAGAUGCAUGCUCGUGGGUGGAUAUCAAUCUAUUGCAUGCCUCCUCGUCCGGCAUUUAAGGGGUCUGCCCCUAUCAAUCUUUCUGACCGUUUGAACCAGGUUCUUCGAUGGGCCUUGGGUUCAAUUGAGAUUUUGCUGAGCAGGCAUUGCCCCAUAUGGUAUGGUUACAAUGGAAGAUUGAAGCCUCUGGAGAGAUUAGCAUACAUUAACACCAUUGUUUACCCCCUUACCUCUAUUCCUUUGCUUGCUUACUGUACACUUCCGGCCUUUUGCCUCCUGACAGGAAAGUUUAUCAUUCCGGAGAUAAGCAACUUUGCUAGUAUGUGGUUCAUUCUCCUUUUUGUCUCCAUUUUCGCUACUGGGAUACUUGAGCUUAGAUGGAGUGGUGUCAGUAUUGAAGAUUGGUGGAGAAAUGAACAAUUCUGGGUCAUUGGUGGGACAUCAGCUCAUCUUUUUGCUGUCUUCCAGGGUCUUCUGAAAGUGUUUGCGGGAAUUGAUACCAACUUUACCGUCACUUCGAAGGCAUCUGAUGAAGACGGCGAAUUUGCAGAACUCUACGUUUUUAAAUGGACAUCACUUCUCAUCCCUCCUACCACAGUACUCAUUGUGAACCUGGUUGGUAUUGUGGCUGGUGUAUCUUACGCAAUAAACAGCGGUUACCAAACAUGGGGUCCUCUUUUCGGCAAGCUUUUCUUUGCCAUUUGGGUUAUCGCCCAUCUCUAUCCUUUCUUGAAGGGUCUGGUGGGUCGUCAAAAUCGUACGCCUACAAUCGUCAUUGUGUGGUCCAUUCUUCUUGCUUCCAUCUUCUCCCUACUGUGGGUGCGCAUCGACCCCUUUACCACCGAUGCUACAAAAGCUGCUGCUAACGGUCAAUGCGGCGUCAACUGUUAGUUACAUUUUCGGAUCUUUGUGCAGCGGGAAAUGCUUCCUCUCCUUCUAGUUGGCUACCAUGUAUAUAACAAAAGAAGAUGAAGAGGUUACAGCCAUAUGCAUGAUAUUAGUUAUGACUGUAUGUGUGUGUGUAUGUAUGUAUAUACAUGUAUGUAUCUGUAAAAUCAUAUACGGGAUGGCAGAUGGAGACCUAAGACCAAGGACAUCUUAAUCUUGUUCACUACAAGGUGGUAUUGAUGGUCUAAACAUGUUUUGAUGUUAUUGUUAUGUUCA